ACGGUUCCUCUCACGGUCUCACCCCCUCUUCCCGAGAGCCAGAAUUUCCCCCGCAUCGUAGCCUAGGGCGCAGUGUGUGUCUCUCUCUCCCCCGGCCGUUGAUGUCGUCGGAGCCGCAGUUACCUGAUGCCGCCGAGGCUUCGCCCUCGCACCCGAAGGAAUCGAUCUCCGGCGGUGGCGGAGCUGGUGCCGUCCCAGGGGCGGGCCACGAGACGAACACGCUGUGGGUGGGCAACCUACCCCCGUUUGCGAGCGAGGACGACGUGAUGGCGGCCUUCACCGCGCACGGCGCGCUCGACUGCGUCCUCACGCGAGCUGGAUCCCGCAGCUACUCCUUCGUCCUCUUCCGCUCCCUAUCAGAGUCCCGGGCCGCCCUCGAGGCACUCCGGGGCGCCAAGGUCAAGGGCUCUUCCAUCCGGAUCGAGUUCGCCCGGCCGGCUAGAGCUAUUAGGAACCUAUGGGUUGGUGGAAUUAGUCCAUCAAUUUCAAAGGAGGAGCUGGAAGAGGAGUUUCAAAAGUUUGGAAAGAUUGAAGGUGUUGCAUUCUCCCGUGAUCAAACAUCUGCAUAUAUUGAUUUUGAGAAGCUGGAAGAUGCCAUCUCUGCUCAUAGAGCCUUGAAUGGGACAGUUUUAGGUGGCAAGGAAUUGUGCGUUGAUUUCCAGAGGUCCAGAGGCAGAGCGGAGCGGUCGGAAGCAAGCAACUUCAAUGUUAGAGGAUCGAUGCCACCUGUUGAUAUGGGAUUUGGACAUGCAAAGGGUCCUGCUGGAGUACGGUUACGAGAAGGAAAUCCUACGAAUGUUCUGUGGGUGGGUUUACCAAAUACACAUAAAAUUAACGAGGAGGCACUUCGGCGAACCAUGGCCGCACAUGGUGUUGUCACAAAUAUUAAGACGUUUCCAGAAAGGCAAUACGCUUUUGUGGAGUUUGCAACCGUCGAAGGAGCUUCUAAUGCUAAGAAUCUUCUCGAUGGUCGUCUUUUCAACGAUAGUAGGAUUCAUGUUCUUUUCUCCAACAGCGAGCUUGCACCCAAUAAACUUGAUAAUCUAAGCCCGCCUGCCGGGUUUCCGAGAUCAGAGAUGUACAGUGACAGUCGAUAUGCUGCUCCUGAUUAUAGUGGUCCUGGCCGCGGCAGUCAUGGUGCUUUACAAGGGUAUGAUCCUCGACGUGGGAGAUCAAGAUACUUGGACUAUGAUGCUGUGCCAAUCACUAGCGGUAUCCUUCCAGCACCUGAAGCUGGCUCAUCUUCUUUGACUGGACGUUCUGCCCAGAAUGUAUUUGAUCCUAGAGAAACCAAAAGGAUGCGGCUGGAUGCUGGUGCAGACCCUUAUGAUGUAAGGGCAGGCGCCGAUGGUCUUCAUCAUGACGGUGCUGCACAUGCUGAGGAGAGUUUAAACACUGUUAUUCGAAUCCAGGGCACGGUGCAGCAAACAUCAUCAUCCCUUGGGCACUUCUGGCGUGGCAGUUUAGCCAAAUGUGGAGCUCCUGUUUGUCGUGUUCGCUGCUUGUCUAUUAGGAAGGGCAUUGAGAUACCUUUACCUGAUGUUGUUAAUUGCUCUGCUAGAACGGGAUUAGAUUUGCUUGAGAUGCAUUAUCGAGAAGCUUCGGGUUUUGAUAUUGUCUUCUUCUUACCAGACAGUGAAGAUGAUUUCGUUUGUUAUACUGAAUUUCUGCGCUACUUAGGCUCAAAAAGUCGUGCAGGGGUUGUGAAGUUUGAUCAAGGGGCUACUUUAUUUUUGGUCCCGCCAUCAGAUUUCUUGACUAAUGUUUUGCAAGUUGAUGGUCCAGAGCGCCUUUAUGGCGUGGUACUACACAUUCCUCAAAUACCCACUGCUGCUUUCCAGAGACCACAGCUAACUGGACCAGAGUCACAACAACCUUACGAUGAUGAAAGGGAAACUAUGUUUACAGCACAAAGAAAUUACAGUAUGGUUUCUUCUAAUGACAACCACCAUCUGGAUGCUCAUUAUCGGGGAGCUCUGCGCGAGGAAGCAGUUCAGCUAGCUCUAUCAAGUUAUCCUACGACCCAAACAGCAGGACAGCAAGCACAGUCUUCACUCAAGCCCGAUAUUAUGGCCACUUUAGCUAAGCUUAUCCCGAAUGUGCAGUCAUCAGUUCCGGUAACUAGUCAGCAGAUGGGUAAUCUUCAGCAACCAGGACAACAAUUCAGCACGCAAGCUCCAUCAGCUCACUUGACAAGCUAUGGGAGCAUGGUGGGUGCUCAGGAGCACUCAACACACCAUACUGCUUACAACCCUGAAAUUGCUUUGAACUUGCCACCACCUCCUCCUGUCCCUACACUAGCACCCGGUGCCGUAAUGCCGUCAUCCAUGGGUGGAUACAGUUUGCCUACACAAAUGAACCAACAACAGUAUCAACCAGAGCAGUAUUACGUGUCUCAAAGCAAUUACGGUCUGUUACCAACAGCUAGCCAAUCUAACCUCCAGGCCAGCAAUAAUAACCUCCCUGCCCCUCCCCCACCUCAACUGAACAAUGGACCUUUGCCAGCAAAUAAUCAGGUGGGGAAUUCGACACAGCUUCAUCUGGCAGCGCCGUUCCCUGCUGAUAGGGUAAACCAGGAUUUCUCUUCUCAGGCACAACAGCAGCAAAAUGUUGCUUCUGGUUCUGUCCAAGCUCCAGAUGAGGCGGAUAAGAACAAGAAGUACCAGGCAACUCUCCAGUUUGCUCACAAUUUAUUGCUUCAGCUACAACGUGGAUCUGGAAAUCAACCUUGAUGCCAAGUUAUUGCUUAAGGUAAGCACACCUCUGCCCGUAGCUUUUUAUUUUGUUUGCUAUAUCUUUGUGCUAAAAUAUUGAGCUAGUGAAAUAGGUUCAGCUAACUUUAGCAGCAGCAUGGAUAGAUUUCAAUUUUGAAUGUUUGGUAUCUUAAUUCCUGGCAUUCAUUUCCUUAUCUUGAGUUAAGUUGAGCAGAACACAUUGAGUGUAAAUCAUGGCUGAAAAUAGCAAGAUAGUCUCCCUGGUUCUCCCAGGAACAUGCCAUAUUUGCAUCAUACAUAGGUUUCCUGCUAUUAUUGUUGCCUGUUGAUUUGUAGUAUAGUAGUAGUUGACAUAAGGUACAUAAUUUUAGCUACUAAAUAAAGUAACCCUCUAGCUGCUAGGCAUACCAGAUAGUGCCAAGAUGACCAUAAAGAAUGGAAUGUAAGACAAGAGUAAGCCGGCAUAUUGAAAUUGAGCUAUGUACUGAGAAAAAAAGAACUGAGCAGCUAUCUUAUUGAUUACAUCUUCCAGUGGGUGGUAUAGAUAGGUCAUGUGCUGCAGAUUCAGGGUUAUUUACCUGGUGGGUGGGGAUGUGGUGCAUAUCACGGUAAGAUUUUAUUUGAAGUUUUUCUAACAAUUCCACACUUGUAUCCUUUAUGUGCAUUUUGCUGUCAGUAGUCUUUACUUGCAUAAUUAACUGGUACUGCAUAUUUUUUCUCGAUUGAGUUUUGGAUAAUUUUGAUCUACAUAAGGUUUGCUAUUAUUAGUUCUAUUGAGUAAUCCAGCAUUGCAGUAGCUGAAGCCAUGGUAGAAUGUUGUGUAGCUUGCUAGAUGCAUUAUUAGUUCUUUUAAUUUGAUAUAUAUGUAUGAACAUCAAUAAUGUAAUGGUGUCGCCGUAUCAAAACUCUGGUGAUUUGAAACGAACCGAAAAUCAUUCUUCACCAGCAUGUAA